UGAGCUGAUCUCAGAACGGUUGAGUUGUCUCUUUGGAGAUAGGUUUUCUUCCGCUGACAUUCUCUUCGGUCUGCUUCCAUUUGGUGCUUGUAGACCUUCUUAUCAUGAGACUCGCACACUGUGCCCGGUCUUGUUAACGGCCAACUCUCCUCCUCGGAAAACAUUUUCGCCCUUGGAAUGUAUCGAGAAGCACGAAUAUGGAAGAAAAGGCGUUAGAAGUGUACGGUGAGUGACUGCAAACUGACGCCAGACUCCGUUGACAAACUGCCUGUUUUUAAGCACGAAUAUGGAAGAGAAGGCGUUAGAAGUGUAUGAUGUGAUCCGGUCCAUCCGAGACCCUGAGAAACCCAACACCCUGGAGGAGCUGGAAGUGGUGACAGAGAAGUGUGUGGAAGUCCAGGAGCUCGGAGAGGACGAGUACCUCAUCAUCAUCAAGUUCUCACCCACCGUCCCUCACUGUUCUCUGGCCACCCUCAUCGGUUUGUGUUUACAAGUGAAGCUGCAGCGAUGUCUGCCCUUCAAACACAAACUGGAAAUCUACAUUAGCGAAGGAACCCACUCAACAGAGGAGGACAUCAACAAGCAGAUCAACGACAAAGAGCGUGUGGCGGCUGCUAUGGAGAACCCCAACCUGAGGGACAUCGUGGAACAGUGCGUCAUCGAGCCGGAUGACUAACGUCUGCUGCCGGUGCCUUUUUGCCACCAGGUGUGUGCGUGUGUACGUGCGGGGUCAUGAACGCCGGACUGUAGGCAGCAGCCAUGUUGACCGUAUGUGUCAGGAAACAGGAAGUGAGCCCCGUUGCCAUGGAAGGCAAGUGUGAUCACUUCCUCAUCAGCUGAUUGGAUGACUCACUUGACUGUUUAGUGAACAACCGUUUGAUCUUUAAAGUACACAAACGUGUUAAUAUUUUUGUGUGUUGAUUUGCUGUAAAGAAAUAGAAACAUGUUAAUAAAACCACUUAAUAAAAAAAAUAAAAAAAUCAA